AUGGAAGAAAUUAUUGAUGUGCAAGAAGAAGAAUUGGAGGAAGCUGCAACUAGUGACACUUUAGAGUUCCCUUUGUUAACCUCCUUGUCUCUUGAGGAAUUGCUAAAUCUGAGGACAUUCUCUUAUGGAAAGUACUGUAUUCACUGUCCAUCCUUAACAAGACUAACGAUAUCUCAAUGCCCCAAAAUGAUGACAUUCUGUUCAUUCAAAGGAAGGCAACAGUCUACUACAGCUAAUAUAGAUUUACAACAAGCAUUUGGUUGUAUCGACUCUACCUCAUCCUUGCUUGGCUUUUUCAAUGAAAAGCUUGCAAUGCCGAAGUUAGAAGAGCUACAUGUUGAGGGAGUUCAACACAAAGAACUAUGGAACAAUAAAAUCCUUGCGGAAUCCUUUUUCCGUCUAAAGGUCCUCAAGGUGAAGCAGUGUCAUAACCUAAUGAAUGUGAUUCCAUCAUCCAUGUGGAAGAGGCUACUUCACUGUAUGGAGUCCUUGACAAUUGAGGAGUGUCAAUGUCUGAGAAACCUUUUUACAAUGUCUAUGGCAAAAAGUCUAGGACAACUCCAAUAUCUUGGUCUCAGUGGUUGUGGAGAGAUGGAGUACAUUGUCGCCAAAGAAGAGGAGAAACCUGAAGAAGCAAUUGAUAAAAUUGUAAUUCCUCAACUUGUCACUCUAUAUCUUCACAACAUGCCAAAACUCAGAAGUUUCUGCCAAGGGAAGCAUAUUUCAGAGUGGCCCUCCUUGAAAGAGUUUACUAUUGAAGAUUGUAAAGCUGUGGAGUUGAUUUUAGGAGAUGCAAGUCGUAGAAAACUAGAGGGCAGCAUUCCAACACAACAACCGCUUUUACUUGUCAAAAAGGUCAUUCCUCACCUGAAGUUAUUGGAAUUGACGAGGGAGGAUGUUGCAAUGCUACCGCAGCAUUACAUCUUUGACAAUCUCAGAGCUCUAGCUUUGGGAUGCUACCAUGAUGAAAACGUCACUUUCCCCUCCGACUUCCUUCUCCAAGGAUUCCCCAAUCUAGAAGAGCUUGUUGUGUGUUGUAGUUCCUUCGAGGAGAUAUUUCCAGAAAAUGCUCUUGGACAUGGGGAAGCGACUCCCUGCAUAGGAUUAACAGACGUGGAAAAACCUCUCAAGUCACUUGGAAAUCUGAAGCAACUUUGGUUGAUGGAGCUGUGUAACCUGAGGGGAGUCUGGAAAGAAGGCUCCUUGAUGGCUAAAAUCCUCAACCAGAUUGAAUUUAUGCUCCUUUUGCAGUGCCCUAAUUUAUCGAUCGUAUUUCCAUCUCGAGCCUCAUUCGAGAGAUUGAUGCAUUUACACAUAGAGGAGUGCACUGGUUUAGUUCAUAUGGGGACUCGCCCGGCAAUGAUGAGUCUGGUGCACCUUACUCGGCUAACCCUAAGAGAUUGUGUUGCAAUGGAAGAUGUGGUAAUAGAUGAUGGAGAUGGAGCAGAGGAGAUCCCUUUCCUCAAGCUAGAAGAGCUAAUACUUGAUCAUUUACCAAGCCUUGAGAGCUUCUCCCCAACGAAUUGCGCCUUCAGGUUUUCAUCACUUGAGCGUAUUGUCAUCACACAGUGCCCUAAGAUGAAUAUAUUUUGCAAGGGUGCCUUGAGGACACCAAAGCUAGAUAAAGUACUCCUCUCCAAAGAGGAUGGUGAAGGACGUUGGGAGGGUGACCUUAAUACCACUGUCCGAACCUUAUCGACUUGCAACGAUCCACAACAAAUUCAGUAA